CCACGGUCAUCACUUCCUCCACCACCUUCCUUCCACCCCUAGCUACAUCUUACCUCCCCUUUCCCUCCUAAUUCCUGUACUUCUAGUGCUGGUGCCCGGUAUUUUUCUCCUUGUCUCCUAUACCGUAACGCAUUCUGGUUUCUUCUCUUUAAAAAAAGCACACUUCUUUAACCUUUUCUUGAAUCUUGAAAAUUCAAAGACUGUAUCUUGAUGAUGGAAGGCUGUCUUGGUUUACUUGGUGGCGGUGGUUCUUCUGGGGCCUCCACGAAUAAGUCCACACUGUCAAAAGUGGAGGUGGUCGAGGCUGAGGCAAGUUCAUACCCAGUGGAAGCUGAGCUAGAGUUGGGUCUGGGGCUGAGUCUUGGUAGUGGUGGAGGAGGAAAGGGUAAGGCAAAUGCAUGGGGUGAGUGUGGUAGAAUCUUGACUGCCAAGGACUUUCCUUCGGUGGUCUCUCAGCCUCAAAGGCCCAACAACAACAACCCUAUGCCUUCUACCUGUGUUGUUGGUGCUGUUUCUGGGACUAAGAGAGCUGCUGACUCUGUCUCCCAUGAGGGUGGAUCCCCUACUGCUGGCAGUCAGGUUGUGGGGUGGCCUCCUAUAAGGGCUUAUCGGAUGAAUAGCUUGGUGAGCCAAGCAAAGGCUGCGAGAGCUGAAGAAGACAAGGGAAUUGGAGAGAAGGAUAAAUCUAAGGAGAAUUUGAAGAAGAAAAUCUGUAAUGGUAACAAGACCACUGGUACUGGUAAUGAAAAGGGGCAUCUUGGAUUUGUCAAGGUGAAUAUGGAUGGAGUUCCAAUUGGAAGGAAGGUAGAUUUGAAUGCCCAUGCUUGUUAUGAAACAUUAGCCCAGGCAUUAGAGGAAAUGUUCUUCAGGUCCACCACCACUAUCAAUUCCAUCGGUGGACAGAAGCAACUAUCAAAGCCCUCUAAGCUAUUGGAUGGGUCUUCUGAGUUUGUGCUCACUUACGAAGAUAAAGAGGGAGACUGGAUGCUCGUGGGAGAUGUUCCUUGGGGGAUGUUCCUUACCUCUGUAAAAAGGCUUCGAAUCAUGAGGACCUCAGAGGCCAAUGGACUUGCUCCAAGACUCCAGGAUAGGAAUGAGAAACAAAGAAGCAAGCCUGUUUAGCCGCUGCUGCCUCAUCAUUUUAAACUCCUGUAACAUGGAGACACUCACUGCUUGAAAACAGAUAGAGAAGUUGAUGAAUCAGAAUAUUUUGCUAAGAUUGUUCCUUCUUUUUACUGUUUUAUCGGGUUUUUGCUGAACCAGUAUCUGGUUCUAGCUGGUUUUUGGUUUUUGUAGGCGAUAUUCAUUUUAGCUUCUUCUUUUUUCAUCUUAUGUGGUGCUGCCAAACCGGCAUCGCACACUUGACUGCUUCUCAUACUGUAAAUAUGGGAGUACUUGAUAUCUAGAGUGGAGUUUGCUGAAAUCUAGUGGACUCAGUUUAGUGCUUGUGUGGUUUAAUGCUUGAAAGUUUUCAUGUUAUCGGUUGGCCAUGUUUU